AUGGCACUAGAGGAGUAUUUGGAGAGGGUUUUUGAUGCUGAUUAUAAGGAUUCAGAGUCAAGUAGCGAAGACACUGAUUUAGAGGAGAAUAGUGAGAUUAAUAAGGAAGAGUCAUUUGUUUGGCCUUCUAUGGCUGUGGUAGCCAACAUCCCAGUUAAGUAUGAUGAUUAUAGUUAUUUGGGUGAUAGGGGUAAGAAUCUAAAGGAUGAGUGGAUAAAACAAGGCUACAAACCUGUAAAAGUCUAUCCUUUGGGGAGCUGGUUGAAUCCCUCAGGAUUUGCUGUUGUGAAGUUUGGAAAUGAAUGGGAUGGUUUUAAUGAUGCAAAGAUGUUUGUGAAGGAUUUUGAGGUAGACAAACAUGGGAGGAAAGAUUGGUAUAAUAGAAACAGCUGCAAAGACAGGAGCAAAGAUGAUAGGUUCUAUGCUUGGAUUGCAAGGGAUGAAGAUUAUUUCUCAAAUGAUCUUGUUGGUGAUUUUCUUAGAAAGAACGGGGUUUUGAAGACUGUUUCUGCAAUCGAAAAAGAAAAUGAAGUAAAUAACCCAAAACUUGUUAUGGGAUUGGAAACUCUCUUAGAGGAAAUGAGCCAAAAAAGUAAAGAAUUUCAUAGUCAAGUAAGCUUGGCAAAUUCUCGUAUAGCUUCUGUUAUGAAAGAGAAAGAUAUGAUUAUUGACAUCUUUAAUAAAGAUCUCAAAAAGUUGCAAGAGAAAGCCAACAGGAUGAUCGAGCAUCUACAGAUCAAACUGCAACAAUGA